UAUUUUCCAACCAUGGCGUACAUACAUAUUUCACUUUGUCUGCUUCUGCAUUUACUCCAUUUUACAGCUCAUGGUGUUGACAUGGUAGAAAAGGACCCUUCAAACAUGCAGUCUAAUGUCAACGAAACAUAUGGACCACGGGAUCUGACCAUUCAGGGUCCAAGUGCAGUGACUGUCGGAAUCCCAUGCAGCUAUAUUUGUUCUGCUGAUUGCUCACCUCAGUGCACUUACACAAUUGGUGUUGAUGGCCAGUCUGGAGAGGGCAAUGAGGUACAACUUAAAUUAAAACAGUGGGUGAGCUCCACAUGGGUGACCUGCACUGCAAAAAACACAGCCACAGGAAAUACCGCCACAACCAGAAAAACCCUGCAUGUUUUGGAGGGACCAGCAAAUGUCGUAAUCAGCGGGCCAGAGACUCUAACACCAGGCAAAACGCAGCGUUUUCUGUGCAGUGCGACCUGUAAACCCUCCUGCACUUACACCUGGGUUGUUGAUGGAGAUUUGGUUUCUGGCUCUGGGGAUGAGGUGGUAAUCAAAGCACCUUUGGAGGCCACCUCAGGAACCAUGAUCUGCAAGGCCACAAACAAUGUGUCUGGAUUGUUUGCAGCAGCGAUCCGAAAAUUAAACGUUACAAAAAAAUAUUCGUCCACGGCGGAACGAGUGGAGAUGCUGCCAACACUGGUGUUCGCAAGCAUUAUACAGUUUGGUAUAAUGAUUACAUUAUGACCAAGUAGAGGAUAUCAUUGCUGAAGAAGAGAGAGUUAACUUGGAGUUUUAUUCCCUCAAUAGUAUCAAUCUGGACAUAAAAUAGCUAAAUUGUGAUGAACAAACUUGGUUGUUUAUAUAUUAUUUAAAAAAAAAAGAAAUGAAUAAAGUUUCAUGGAAGCCAAAAAAUUAAAAGGGGGACAAAAAAAAUCAAUCACUUUACAACAUGUUUAAUUAAUUUAACUCUAGACGAGGUAAAA